CUACAUUAGUGUCAAAUAAGUUGAAUGAUUUGGGUUCUAACUUUCAUAGUUUCUAUAAAAAAAUAACAUUUCAGUUGUUGAUAAUGUAAAAAAUUUUACGUUAUAUUGUGGUUUAUGUGUGCUGCUACAUCUUUUCCGGUUCACAAUGGCAGACAGCAGUGAUUCCGAGGAGUUCUACGAUGCUGAAGAGUUCACACCCAUUAAAGGUUCAAAAAGAUCUUCACUAUGUAAGAAUAUCAGUGUGUCGGAGAGUGGGGAUGCCCCUGACAAGGACAAGCCGUCGGUGGCUAAGACUGAGUCGGCACCCUCUGUGUCCACAGCAGGAACUUCCAGUACACAAGCCACAGAAGCUGCAGCCGUAGAGGAUGACAGAACUACCGUGAAAAGUGUGGUCCAAGGUAGAAGAAGGUUCCAAGAGUUGAGACGCUGCAUGCAAACAGAAGAGGAAGAUGAAGGAGUCAUCGAUGCCACUGGAUCCGUUGACCAGCAGACAUUCACUUCUGAACACCCAUUCAAGAUAAUCGCUCACGACACAAUGAGUCUGCAGAGUAUGACGUCACUCGGCAGGAUCGGCAGGAUACUCAGCGGCGCCUCGGAGUCUCACUCGAAUAUCCGUGAUACCGCGGCGGUACCAUCGGUGUCGUCGAGGGAGCCCUCCACUAUAUCCGAUGAACAACUCGCGGCCGAUGCCAGAACUCAGAACGUGCUAGCGAUGGCUGAGCCGGACGUGAUCGCCAGCACGAAAGCGAAUAGUUUGAAGCACAGUCGCGGGGGCGGCGCCAUCGUCGCCGUCAGCGGGUCCUGCGCCCCGCCCGCCGGGCCCCAAGCGCCGCCGCGACGACGCAAGCGCAACAAGCUGCACGGUUCGCAGUCGCUGUCGACGACGGACGGCGACAACCUCAGCGUGUGCACGACGGACACGGACGAGUAUCGAUACAUCGCGCGGCGACCAGACAAACCGCAGCUCGAUUCUUUGAUCGUUGAGCCGCCACCGCCAAGUGCAGUAAACCAGUCUAUGGCACUACCGAGCCCGGCGAGCACCAUAGAGUCUUUGACCAGAGAGUUUCAAGACUCGCUCGAACUGUCACAUUCUAAAUACGCGAGUGACAGAGGUUCCUUGAGCUUGCACGAGUCGCGAACCAGCGAGCGAUCCGCCGAUCUCUCGAUACACGCCGCCACUGAAUACAAAUAUAAAGAGGAGUGCGUGUGCCGCGGCGACGAGCGCAGCGUGCGCACGCACAGCGAGGGCCGCGCCGCGCCCGCCCAGCACCGCGCCGCCGCCGCACGGCGCAGUAACUCGGAGUCGCUGGGCGGGCGGCGGCGGUCGCUGGGCGACGAGGCGGCGGCGCCGCUGCGGACGCGGACACGCUCGGGGCAGCAGCUCUCCGACAUCGAGAUCCUCGAGCAGGUCACCGUGCUCAACCUCGACACCGGUGAGCGCGUGCCGCUGAGCGUGGCGGAGCACAAGCUGCCGCAGUGCAUCAACCCGCUCAGUCUGCACAUCAUGCGCCUCACCUCCGAGUACAUCGGCCGCGCCAACGACGACAAUACCAGACUUGACGGCAAAAGCAAGCUGUCAUGGCGUCGGCGUCUGUCCACUCUUAAUCUGACGUGGAUGUCAGAACACUCGUCUAAUCUCAGUCUAGCGACUAGGGAGACUGAUGAAGAGAGUGAGAGCGUCUGCGCGGGCGGCGCCGAGGACGAAGCUAAAGAGAUGAAGAGAGAGUCCACUGACAGACAGACAACUGGUAUUAAGAGGAAGACAGAAAAGAUAACGCCGACACUGGUUAAAAGUCAUUCGCAGGACAACAUCAACAAGAAAUUGACACACGAUAUGAACUUCAGGUUGAAGCGUUUCUUCGGCAGUACAGUUAAGAAGACGGUUGACGCUGCUAAAUCGUUAGCUCAGGAGGUGUCCCACGCUCGCCACAAAGAGGAUGUGGCUGACAUUGCUGAUGACGUCAGAGGAGAACAUAAUAUUAAGCUUAAAGCAUCCAACUCUCAUAAGGGACCGUAUGACUUUGAUGGAUGUGUUCGACAUGUUCAAGAGAUGGGCUCAGCGCACUGCGGCGCGGUGUGGUGCUGCAAGUUCAGCGUGUGCGGGCGCCUGCUGGCCACCGCCGGCCAGGACAAGCUGCUGCGGGUCUGGGUCACUCGCGACGCGUACCAUAUGUUCCAGGACAUGCGCACGAAGUACAACUUGGAGCAGAAGUCGUCCCCGACGCCGUCGCAGGAGUCGCUGUCGUCCCUGCCGGCCGCCCCCCCCGCGCCCGCGCCGCCCGCCGCGCCCUUCUGCGCCACGCCCUUCUGCGUCUACUCCGGACACUCCUCCGACCUGCUCGACGUCUCCUGGUCCAAGAACUACUUCAUCCUCUCCAGCUCCAUGGACAAGACGGUCCGCCUGUGGCACAUCUCGCGAGGGGAAUGCCUGUGCACCUUCCAGCACAUAGACUUUGUGACCGCCAUUGUGUUCCAUCCCAGAGACGAUCGCUAUUUCCUGUCCGGCAGUCUGGACGGAAAGCUGAGACUCUGGAAUAUUCCUGAUAAGAAAGUCGCAGUAUGGAACGAAGUAGACGGCAAAACGAAGCUGAUAACAGCCGCGAAUUUCUGCCAAAACGGCAAAUUCGCCGUAGUAGGCACAUACGACGGUCGUUGCAUAUUCUACACAACCGACCAGCUCAAAUACCACACACAGAUCGACGUACGAUCGACGAGAGGGAAAAACUCCACGGGCCGAAAGAUAUCUGGUAUCGAACCGAUGCCGAACGACGACAAAAUCCUCGUCACUUCAAACGACAGCAGGAUUCGACUAUACGACCUUCGAGACUUAAACCUUUCUUGUAAAUACAAAGGUUAUGUGAACGUCUCAAGUCAAAUUAAAGCAUCAUUUUCUCACGACGGGAAGUACAUAGUUAGCGGGUCGGAAAACCAGUGCAUCUACAUUUGGAAGACUUACCACGAUUACUCCAAGUUUACCUCAGUGAGGAGGGAUAGGAACGACUUUUGGGAAGGGAUAAAGGCGCAUAAUGCUUUGGUCACUUGUGCCGUGUUUGCUCCCAACCCGGACCAUAUGAUCCGCAUGAUAUGCGAGCGGGAGGAAGAAGCUAAACUUGCGAAUAACGAUGCUGAUGACAAAGAUGAAGUGAAAGGUGCAGAAGGCGGCAUGGUGGCAUCUUCUCAAACUGGUCACGUGCUUGUCAGCGCCGACUUCAACGGUUGCAUCAAAGUGUUCGUACACAAAGCCAAGCCCAAGCACAGCUCGCUUCCCGCCUCCGCUCUCGCCUGAGCUGCCACCGAGCCCGACGUGGCACCGGCACUUUACAGACGUAUAUCGCCAGCUAUUCGUCAAAUACUUCCAGUAAUUGUUAUUUUCGUGUGCUUUUUACUAAAGAAAGUUGGUGCCAGAAUUUCAGCAUGUUGACUGAUAAGGUUAAUUUGCCUAAUUUUGUGGUCUUGUUUGCUGAAACCCUUUUGGUUACCCAACAUUUUAGGCUCCCCCAAAUGUGAUCUAGAUAGCCAGUUAUCAUAAAAAGAUUAAAAAUAUAUAUCACUCGGCAAAUUGCUUACGGAACCCGUAUCGAUAAUUCCGCGAGUCCAACUCGCACUUGACCGAUUUUGUAUUAUAUGAAAAAAUCACAAUAGUCGUAUCGACUAUCGGUCAAACUUAUCUAUUUAUGGAAUUGAUAGACAAUAUAGUGUAUUAAAAAAUCAUUUAUUAGACAAUUAUCAUGAAAUGUAAGGCUUAGCUAAAAUCGUACCCACGUCGUGACGGUAGUUUAUCUGUACCACAAAGAUAUAACAAAGAGGAAACCUAAGGACCCCAAAAAUACUGAACAUACAUGUAUUUGAAAAAUUAAUUCAAUUGGAAAGCUACACUCGUCUACAUGUAUUAGACAGACAUAUGUGAGAAUAGAGUAUACAAUGGAAGCCUCGUCGAUCAUUAUAGCGUCCCUCUCUAUUUAUCUUUCUAUAUCUCUAGCGUAAACAUUUUAUUUGAACGUUGAAAGAGCAUACUUCAAAAUUCACAGGUACUUCGAGUGUUUCGUGAAACGAUUUCCUCAAAAUCGACUAAAAAGUUCAAUUCUGUUGGUAACAGUUUAGCUAGAUAUUAGGAAUUAAAGCCAAAUUAUCAUUACGAAAUUUCUAGAAGUAAAGACAACGCUAGCAAACUUCAUGAAAUCAAACGAAAGAUAUUAAAUAUCAUUAUAUAAAAAAAAAAAUAAGAAUUUUAAAUGCAACUUGUAUUUUUUUAAUUAUCACAAAAUGAGCAUUGUUUCGAAAUAUAAAUUACCUACUGAACGGAGGAAGUAUGUAAAUGCAUGAAAAAUAUCUUUAGUUCGAUAAAUAUUUGUGCAAUUUAUUUAAUACUUUAUGUUUUAGUCAAUAUGGGUAUAUAAUGGGUCGCUCGGUAUUAAAAAUGUCUUUAGUUUAUUAAGUGACGUAUAUUUUUGUGCAGGCUCCCAAUAUUACACAUCAUUGUAAAACUGUAACAGUAACUAGCAGCAUGAUAACUACUGAAAUAACGCAGCUUGCUCACCAUAUUGUAUUCAACGUCAUUAGUCAUCCAAAUGUCACCACCAGUUCGAUUAGAGUUAACGUGAUAUUAAAUUUAGUGAUUAUAAGUUACUAAGACUCAUCACAAUCUUACGGCCGUUCUUAUAAUCUAUCUGUCUGUUCUAUCGCUCACUAGAGAUAGGUAUUUGUUAUAACUUGUAUGGGUGGGAUAAUGUUAUAAUUUUAUCUCUAGUUAGCAAAUUAUUUGACCUAAUUUGAAUAUAAUUGUAGCGACUAUAAAUAAUGAAAUACUUUGAUUUGAGAAAAAAGCAUAGAAGGUUAUCUACUGACUAACAAUAAUCGUGUAUAUUAUAAAGUCGUAUAUAGAGGCUUAAAAUCAUGAGUUUCAACAACUCUUAUUUAUUAGACUAUAAUUUAUAACAAAAAGCAAAACUCCUGCAAUAGAUUUUUUAUCCGUCACAUCUUAUUGAAAAAUAUAUAAAGAAACUUGAUUGUAAAUUGAUUCUUAUCGUUAUUCGAUUAGGUUCAGUAUGCAAUAAUGUGUAUAAAACGUCAAACGUGUGCUUUUAAUUUUAUUUGUAAAUUGUAAGAUUAAGUAACUCCUCUUAAGUUCGUAUCUAUGACAUAAACUGACUUCACUAAGCAGCUAAAAUUCGAGUCAAAUGUAGAACCGUUGCAAUAUUGUAGUGUAGAGGAAACAAAACCUCUUAAGGUAUUGGUAAGCCAUUAAUUUUACUCUGCAUGAUUGGAUAUCUUGACUGCUCUGUUUUUGUGAAGUAGAUCCAAUGUGCAUGAACAACAUUUGACAGUCUAUUUUAUUAUUGUAUUAUCUCGCAGUGGAGACUUUUAUCAUUGUUUUCCUAUCCUGAUUUCUGGCCUACCUUAUAUCUCAGUUGCUUAUCUGAUCCUUCAUUUAUCACUAAUAGAUACUUACGCAAACCCAAGUUAUAUAUCUCUUUAUAUUUAAAUAUACUCAUAACAAAUAUGUAAUGUAUUGUAUAUUUUAGGCUGUGUUUUCUUUUAUUUUAAAAGAAUAAACAAAAUUAUUAUCGUUUAGCUCUUGCCUUAUGUGAAUGAAGUUUUUUUAUGUAAUAAGUGUACAUUUAGUGUUUGUAUAAAGAUCAUGAUGCCAUCAUAAUUAAAUUGGAAUAUAUUUUUAAAUCGCAUUUACCUUCAUAAAUAAAUAAUCGUUACAUAA